AUGCCGUAUCAGCUCGUCAUUUUUGACUUUGACGGCACCCUGUUCGACACUUACGAUGCCAUCGAGUACUCCAUCCAGUUGACCUUCCAGCGCCUCCUGCCCUCCCAUCCUCCGCCUUCGUCCAGCGAUAUUCGCCCGCUUGUCUCCACCGGUGCGCCUCCCGGGGACACCUUUCGCAGUCUACACCCCGAUCCCACCACCUUCGACGAAUCCCUUUGGGUCCCCACCUACCGCGAGCUGUAUGCCAUCCAUGGCCAAUCCCGUACAACUCCCUAUCCCGCCGCUCGCGACGUCCUACAAGCCUUGCACGACCGGAAUCAACCCAUGGCCAUCAUUAGCAACAAAGCUGCGGUGGCAGUGAAGGCGGCCUUAGAGAAGACCGACCUGCUUCAGUACUUUCCAGACUCCCUCAUUCUGGGUCAUGGUGUGGCCGGCGUGCAGCGCAAGCCUGAUCCGUCCAGCUUCACGGACGUGCUCUGGCCGAACUGGAACGCCCUCGGGGCGCCCGAUGGGGUGGAUGCGGAGCGCGUGCUGAUGGUCGGGGACACCUUGACGGACAUUCUGUACGCAAGGAACAUUGGCGCCCAGGUGUGCUGGUGUCGCGGAGACAUUAGAGGAUGUGCUCAAGAUCGUGGAGAGCAGGUCGUGACUGGCGAGAAACGGUCUGGCAUCUCACUCAUGACAUGGGACGAUGGUGUAGGCAACUCUUUUCACGCGAUGCGUAUAGACAUAGAUGCACAUAGACCUAUUGCUCGUCUCAGUUCCCUGAUACUGGGGAUCAAGGCGUCUCACACCUCCCCCUUCCACCAGCAUACUGGCGGCCUGGGCUCGAGUAUCGGCAAGAAGCUCCGCCAACAAGGUGCUCGCCUAGCUAUUCUGUAUGCCCCCUUCGAGGCUGCCCGACGCGAUGAGCUGCUAGAGGCUGGUUACGGCGAGCUGCCCGCACGCGAGGAAAUCAGAACGUAUGAAUGCGACAUCACAAACCCCGAGGCUGUCCAGUCCGUCUUCACCACCCUGAAGGAGGAGGUUCUCACCCCAUCAUCGACGACGCAGUCUGCCCGUGCCUUUCCCAGUAUCUUGAUUAAUACGGCGGGCUAUGUGUCGCUCAGUGAUUUGGAGCUCACCCCGCCGGAAGAAACGCUAAAGCAUCUGCAUACCAAUGUCCUGGGCCCCAUGCUGUGCUCGCAGGCCUUUGCGCGCUUGUACUUGUCCGCCGCUGAGGUAGCUCAUUCGUCACCCAACCCGCCGCCUCCGGGUCGCAUCGUCAACCUGGCCUCUCAAGCCGCGCAUGUGGCCCUCCAUCGCCACGGAGCCUAUUGUGCCUCCAAGGCAGCCCUGUUGGGGCUAACGCGCAGUAUGGCUUCUGAAUGGGGCGGCCGCGGCAUUACGGCGAACAGCGUAUCUCCGACGGUGGCCUGGACCGCUCUGGGACAGAAGGCUUGGGGGCAGGAUGACGUGCGGGAGGCUUUCUUGAAAACGAUCCCGACGGGCAAGUUUGCGCAGCCAGACGAGGUUGCGGAUGCGGUUCUCUUUCUCUGUCAGGACUCAAGUGGUAUGAUUAACGGAGCGGACAUUCGCGUAGACGGCGGCUUUACCAUCAGGUAA